GAACGGAAACAUGUGCUUGAAGGCAUUUGAAUCAGCAAAAUAUGGGGCGGCUUAGUCGCCUAAAUGUCUUAGUUGUAUGCGCCAUAUUCUGUGCUUUGUCAACGUUGGAAAAUGCUCCGACAUCCGCACUCGCAGGAAGGGGACGCUAUCCUCAAGGGAUAGUUAAUGAGGGAUAUACUUCAGGUGGAGAGACAGGAGCACGUAUGGGUGCAGGAAUACAUGGGACACAACAAAGAACACGAUCUCCAUCUCGAACACACCCUCCGUCUCGGCCAGAAUCUCCAUCUCGAUCGCAAUCUCAAUCUCGACCAGGACGACCACAUAAACCUACACUUAGUCAAAUCUCUGAUGGACGAGAUGCUGAAGGGACUGGAAGGAGUCGUGUGUUAUUUGGACGAUGUUCUCAUAGCCGGAGAAUCUAUCGAAGAGUGCCAGACUCGAGUGGAUACUGUGCUCGCAAGGUUUCAACUCCAUGGAGCUAGAGUGAAGCAGGACAAAUAUGUUGUUGAACGGAGUGGAAGAAAAUAAAGAGGAAUGAAGUAUUUUGUACAGACCAUAUAUCAGUGGCACAAGUAAUACAAACAAUUGCACGGAUCUGGUUUGAUGUCGGUAUAUUUACUUCGUAGAAGCAUAUCCUGACC